AAAAUCCACUCAUUCUCAGAGAAGCACUCUGGCUUUUUGUAUUUAAUUCUUUCAAAAUGAGUGCCGGCAAAUGGGAGAACAAUGAGGAAAUUCAAAUAUUCCAGGAAUACUUGCGUAUUCCAUCAGUACAUCCGGAUAUUGAUUACAAUUCUUGCGUGGAGUUUAUCAAGCGUCAGGCUGAAUCCCUCAAACUUCCCGUGGAAGUAGUUUAUCCAGCUGUUAAGUCCAAGCCCGUGGUGAUUAUCAAGUGGCUGGGAAAAGAGCCGGAGCUUCCCACAAUCAUCCUCAACUCGCACAUGGAUGUGGUUCCCGUGUUUCCGGAGAUGUGGACUCAUGAACCCUUUUCCGCGGACAUAGAUGAGGAGGGAAGGAUCUUUGCGCGGGGCACCCAGGACAUGAAAUCUGUGGGCACCCAGUAUCUAGGAGCUAUUCGCCUUCUGAAGGCUGCUGGUUUUCAGCCGAAACGAACUGUUUACGUGACCUUUGUGCCCGACGAGGAGAUUGGAGGUGCUCUUGGUAUGGAAGCGUUCGUUAAGACCGACUUUUAUAAGCAAAUGAAUGUUGGAUUCAGCUUGGACGAAGGAGGCACUAGUGCCAGUGAUGUCCAUCAUUUGUUCUACGCCGAGCGUAUUCGAUGGGUUUUGCAUCUGAAAUUUGGUGGAACUGCGGGCCAUGGCUCCCUAUUGCUGCCAGAUACCGCAGGAGUAAAGCUUAACUACGUGCUAAACAAGCUGUCAGAGUUCCGGGACUCGCAAAUCCAACGACUGAAAAACGACCAGAGCAUCAACAUCGGGGAUGUGACCACCGUGAAUCUCACCCAGUUGAGUGGUGGAGUGCAGAGCAAUGUGGUUCCACCGCUCCUUGAGGCCAUCUUCGAUAUGCGCCUGUCCAUCACCCUGGAUUUGGUUGCCUUUGAGCAGCAAAUCCGCAAGUGGUGCGAGGAGGCAGGAGGUGGCAUCAAGAUUGAGUUCCCCCAGAAGGAGGCCUAUGUGGCACCCACCAAACUGGAUGAUUCCAAUCCCUAUUGGCUAGCCUUAAGUGCUGCUUUUGAUGAACUUGGCUUGAAAGUCAAACCGAUUGUGUGCUUCGGAGUCACCGAUUGCCGUUUUAUUCGACAGCAGGGUACCCCAGCAAUUGGGUUCUCGCCCAUCAUAAAUACUCCUGUACUGAUCCACGAUCAUGAUGAGUUUUUAAAGGCUGAAGAUUACCUAAACGGCAUAGAAGUUUACAAGAAGAUAAUUCGUAAUCUUACUGAAGUCUAGUCAAUGUCUUCCCUAUAAAUAGGACUGCACUGAUUUGCGUAUCUUAUCUUAAGUGGGUAGAUCUUUGCGAUACAUCAUUUAAAAGGCAAUAUAAGGCUUGCUCACAUACAAAGAUUAUACAAAGAUAAAUGUUUAAUGACAACAAAGUGCGAUCAGAGCAAUUUGUUUAGCUUAACACCAAGAUGAAAUUUGAGUAGAUAAGAAAGUAUGGGGUUUAGAUUUAUAAAAAAAAAACUAGAUUAAAUCAAAUCAACUUCUGCAUACUGUUUACAAUA